CUGCCUCUUCAUUGACGCAUUUCAUCAAACACUUUGUGUGCUCUCUCUCGUUCUCUCUUUCCUCCAUUCUUUCUCUCUCUACAACCUCUCUCUCUCUAAUCCACUCUCCACCCUUUAUUUUUAAGGAGAGAGAGGGGCUGUAGAGAUCCCUGCAUUAUUAUUUUUCGUGCACCAGAGAUUAUUAGCCAAAGAUUAAUUUUUUUUUAUAAAAGUUAGGAAAAAAAAAAACAGUUGAACAACAAUGGAGGUUGCAAAGGCUUCGUUCAUUGUAUUGGUUGUUUUCUCUCUCAUCUUUGCAAUGGCUCAGGCUCAAGCUGCGGGUCCCGCACCUGCUCCUACCAGUGACGGGACAAGCAUUGAUCAAGGGAUAGCAUACGCGUUGAUGCUCGUCGCCUUGGCGCUUACUUACCUCAUCCAUUGAACAAAAAUGUGCAACAAUGGAGGCAUCAUCAUCAGUAACAUCACCUUGAGCACUAAAAAUGACGAACGUGCUCGUGAUUUUUGGUGUAUUUUUUCUUUCAAAAGAUAAAAACGUGAGAGUGGGAUUAGUGUAACUAUUCCCAAUUUGUUUAAUUGAUGCUUAUAGAGGGUAUGAUUGAUUGUGAUUGACUAGGAGAUGUAUUUGAGCCCUUUUAGACAUGGUGGUGUAACAUCUAAUUUGUAUUAGAUGGGGUGAUUAUGAGUUCAUUUGCACAUAAAUUUAUCUCAUCUAAUACAGCUAUGGCCUCUAUCUCGUAA